GGCGGGCUGCGGCCGGGGGGCCCUGCGCCCCCCCGGAGCACGUAGGAGCCGGGCUGGGGUACCCAGCAGACACACAGAGGAGGCCUGGGAGAAGUAAAUAACUUCCUCGACUAGUACGUCCGUUUCCAUAUGCAUGGAUAUCACCUGAAUUUUCUUACAAGAGCUUAAAUUGUGUGUCAGCUUACCCUAAAAAUGAGUGGCUCCAAACCUGAUAUUCUGUGGGCCCCGCACCACGUCGACAGAUUUGUUGUAUGCGAUUCGGAAUUGAGCCUUUAUCACAUUGACUCUGCUGUAAGCUCAGACCUCAAGGCAGGGUCCUUGCGGUUAUCGGAAGAAACUACAGCUACACUGUUGUCAAUAAAUUCAGAUACACCAUAUAUGAAAUGUGUGGCUUGGUAUCCAAAGUAUGAUCCUGAAUGUCUCCUUGCUGUUGGACAGGCCAAUGGUCGAGUGGUGCUUACUAGCCUUGGUCAAGAUCACAACUCAAAAUCUAAAGAUUUGAUAGGCAAAGAAUUUGUUCCCAAACAUGCACGGCAGUGCAAUACCCUUGCAUGGAACCCACUAGAUAGUAAUUGGCUUGCUGCCGGGUUAGAUAAACAUCGAGCUGACUUUUCAGUAUUGAUCUGGGAUAUCAGUAGCAAAUAUGCUCCAGAGACUGCAGUUGCUACAGAGAAAGUAAGACUUUCAGCAGGAGAUCCAGAAGCAGGACUGGUAGUAACAAAGCCACUGUAUGAAUUAGGACAGAACGAUGCUUGUCUCUCUCUCUGUUGGCUUCCACGGGAUCAGAAGCUGCUUUUAGCUGGAAUGCAUCGAAAUCUGGCUAUCUUUGAUCUGCGGAACACAAGCCAAAAAAUAUUUGUAAACACCAAGGCUGUCCAAGGAGUGACUGUUGAUCCCUAUUUCCACGAUCGUGUAGCUUCCUUCUAUGAAGGCCAGGUUGCCAUAUGGGAUUUAAGAAAGUUUGAAAAGCCUGUUUUGACCUUGACAGAGCAACCAAAACCUUUAACAAAAGUCACGUGGUGUCCGACAAGAACUGGACUGUUAGCUACCCUAACAAGGGAUAGUAAUAUCAUUAGACUGUAUGACAUGCAGCAUACUCCCACCCCCAUUGGAGAUGAAACUGAGCCAACAAUAAUUGAAAGAAGUGUCCAGCCAUGUGAAAACUACAUUGCUUCGUUUGCCUGGCAUCCCACAAGUCAAAAUCGAAUGGUAGUAGUGACUCCCAACAGGACUAUGUCUGACUUCACAGUUUUUGAAAGAAUUUCUCUUGCAUGGAGUCCAGUGACAUCCUUAAUGUGGGCUUGUGGGCGACAUUUAUAUGAGUGUACAGAAGAAGGAAAGGCUAGUUCCUUGGAAAAAGACAUAGCAACCAAAAUGCGGCUCAGAGCUCUGUCAAGGUAUGGUCUUGAUACUGAACAGGUUUGGAGAAAUCACCUACUAGCUGGAAAUGACGAUCCUCAGCUGAAGUCGCUUUGGUACACUCUGCAUUUUAUGAAGCAGUAUACUGAAGAUAUGGAUCAAAAACUUACAGGAAACAAAGGUCCCUUAGUUUAUGCUGGCAUUAAAUCAAUUGUGAAGUCGUCUUUGGGAACAACAGAGAACCUCAGGCACAGCAGGAGUGGAUCUGAUAGACAGGCAGAUAUUAUUCAGUAUCUGAGUGAGGAGAGAUCCUUGGCUUUGCAGCUCUGUGGGUGGAUAAAGAAGGGAACAGACUUAGAUGUGGAACCUUUUUUGAAUUCGUUGGAACAGGAAGGAGACUGGGAGCGAGCUGCUGCUGUAGCACUUUUCAACUUGGACAUACGGCGAGCAAUACAAAUUCUAAAUAAAGGGGCUUCCUCGGGAAAAGGUGAUCUGAACCUAAAUGUAGUAGCAAUGGCUUUAUCAGGCUACACAGAUGAGAAGAACUCACUUUGGAGAGAAAUGUGCAGUACUCUAAGACUGCAAUUGAACAAUCCCUACUUGUGUGCUAUGUUUGCUUUCCUGACAAGUGAGUCAGGUUCAUAUGAUGGUGUUUUGUAUGAAAAUAACGUAGCUGUAAGAGACAGAGUGGCAUUUGCUUGCAAGUUCCUCAAUGACGCUCAGUUGAACAGGUUUAUUGAAAAGUUGACAAAUGAAAUGAAAGAUGCUGGAAAUUUGGAGGGAAUACUGUUAACAGGGCUGACAAAAGAUGGAGUUGACUUGAUGGAAAGUUACGUUGACAGAACUGGAGAUGUCCAGACAGCAAGCUAUUGCAUGCUACAGGGUUCUCCAUCAGAUGUACUUAAGGAUGAGAGGGUUCAGUACUGGAUCGAGAACUACAGGAAUCUUUUAGAUGCUUGGAGAUUUUGGCAUAAACGUGCAGAAUUUGAUAUCCAUAGGAGUAAGCUGGAUCCCAGUUCAAAACCUUUAGCCCAGGUGUUUGUGAGUUGCAAUUUCUGUGGAAAAUCAAUUUCAUACAGCUGUUCAGCUAUCCCUCAUCAGGGGCGAGGUUUUAGCCAAUAUGGAGUUAGUGGUUCACCUACUAAGUCAAAAGUUACAAGCUGUCCUGGUUGCCGUAAACCCCUUCCUCGCUGUGCACUUUGCUUGAUAAAUAUGGGAACACCAGUUUCCAGCUGUCCAGGAGGAUCCAAGUCAGAUGAAAAAGUGGAUCUUAGCAAAGACAAGAAGUUAGCCCAGUUCAACAACUGGUUUACUUGGUGUCACAACUGUAGGCAUGGUGGACAUGCUGGGCAUAUGCUUAGCUGGUUCAGGGACCAUACAGAGUGCCCAGUUUCUGCCUGCUCUUGUAAGUGUAUGCAGCUGGAUACAACAGGGAAUCUCAUUCCAGCAGAGACUGUCCAGGCGUAAAUAUUGUCCGAAAAUGUGGGGCUCUAAUGGAUGUCCAUCAUAGUCCAAGCAUGGAUUUUGGAUGAAGGUCACUUGUGACUUAAUGACUGUGAAAAAAUAAAUUGCUGUCAGAUUAGUAAAAUUCUGUGUGUAUGACUGUGCUUGGUAGAAACAGGUAUUCCUGUAAUGAGCCUCUGGGUAUCGUCUGUGGUCCUUGUUCAGAGGAUUGAAGCAGUUCAGUUCAAAAGCACUCCUGGAACUGUGGACUCUUUGGAUUUGCUAAAAUCCAAAGAACUUUUAAUAAAGUUUUCAGGGUAAUGCUGAUCAGCCCUGCUACUUGUUUUCCAAACAAAGCAGUGUUUAUAUGCUGUGAAAAGUGGGCCUUUAAAAAAAAAAACAACAAACAAACCAAAACACCUGAAGAGUGUUCUUCAGAAGAUUAGUCAUGCUGUGGAUUCCUCUGUUCAUUGUUUGAUCACUCUUUCUUGUAUGCAAACCAUUGUUUCCUCCUAAAUUCAUUCAGAGUGCCACUCCUAAUUGUAUUCUAAAGGUUUUUAUUUUAAAGAAAAAUCAAUUUAUUUCUAUUCCCUGAUUUUGUUAAUUGUAAAGCAUUAUCUUUGCAAUUCAAGGUCUUACUUAAUUUACUUGCAUACCUAGCUGAUGUGAAUUUUAAGAAUUUGGGGGGUUUGUCUCCUAGCGAUGUCUGUGUCCUAAAGGAGAGUUCCCUGAAGAGUCACAUAUCUUUUGUGCAGUGUGCAGGUAAACUGUAGGAAGUUUGAUUGAUUGAUUUUUAAUGUAGUACUAUGAAGAUCUGAAAUUUUAAGGACCGGAGACUUGUAAAUAUUUAAGUUUUAAACUACAUGCUGAGUUUUGACUACAAAAAUAUUUAAGACUUUUGGAUAAUCAACAUUUUCCUGUACUUCUGAAAUAUGCUGGGAAGUGUGAAAUCAACUGAUAUAAAUCCUGCUUCUGGUCACUAGCUGGCACCAGUCUGCUCCCAAAACGCUGCACAUUAUUAGGUCAUUGACCAGAAGUAGUUUUAGAUAUGUUACCAGCUGGAAUUCAGAUUAUUUAUUAACUUGAGAGAGAGUCAAUGAUAUUUUGCUAAUAUUGUGCUAGGAGUUCAUCAGUAUUGUUGUCCUUGAUUUUGUAGGCAACAAAAUUGACACAAAUUAAGGGAAAAAAAAA